CACUCAAAAAAAAUAAAACGUUUUUAAAAUGCAUUUUAUUCGAGAUAACUCGUAUAAAUAACAAAUUACAGCUCUUAUCACUAAGGACAUAACACAAUUUAAAUUUAUACUCAUAAUUAACUUUAUUGUUACUAUCUUGUUACUUUAAAGGUGUGAAGUACAUUAUGGAGCCAAUUCUUCUUGUACAUGGUGGUGCGGGAUUUAUAAAUGAUGAUCGGAAAGCUACCGAAUUACUUUUAGGAGUCAAAGAAGCUGCAAAAGCGGGUUAUAAAGUCUUAAAAUCGAAGAAUUCGCUUCUCGAUGGUCUCGAAGAAGCUGUUCGGGUUAUGGAGGAUAAUGAAAUUUUUAACGCUGGGCUUGGGUCGGUUUUAAAUCUUGAUGGGGAAGUUGAAAUGGAUGCUAGUAUUAUGUUGGGAUCGAAUUUAAACGCCGGCGGAGUUACUGUUGUUAAAAAUAUUAAGAAUCCUAUAUCGUUGGCUCGACGAGUUAUGGAAAAAACUCCUCAUUUUUUAUUAGCUGGAGAAGGUGCUUUGAAAUUUGCUAAACGUGAGGGGUUUGAGAUUUUAAGUGAUGGAGCACUUGUAACUGAGGCAAGAAAGUUAAUGCUUGAAAAUUAUAAAAAGAAACUUGCAGAAAAAAAAUUAACAAAUACUGGUGAAGCUGAAUUAGGUACAGUUGGAGCUGUAGCGUUUUUAAAUGGUCAAGUAGCUGCUGCUACAUCAACUGGAGGUUAUGAAGGUAAAAUGGUAGGACGAUGCAGCGACACCAGCAUUAUUGGUAGUGGAACUUACGCUGAUGAUGAAUCAGGAGCCGUUUCUACAACAGGACAUGGCGAUUCGAUUGCAAAAGUUUGUUUAGCUCAUGAUAUUUGCAAAGAAAUGGAAGCUGGGAAGAGUGCUCAAGAAGCCACGGAAAUAUGUGUUAAUAAAAUGUUGAAAAGAUUAGAAAAUACAGCGGGAGCUAUUACUUUAUCUGUUAAAGGUGAAAUUGGUAUUGCAUUUAGUUCUAAUCGAAUGUCUUGGGCUUAUCAAAUUGGUAAUAUGCUUCAUUUUGGUAUUAAUAAAAAUGAACAUAAUGUUGAAAUUGUAAAUUAAAAUUCUUAAUAAAUGUAAUUUGAAAAUAAA